CCACCCCUCCAUGCCUCUCAUCGUGUCCGGCGCCGACGAUCGCCAGGUGAAGAUCUGGAGGAUGAAUGAAUCCAAGGCCUGGGAGGUGGACACGUGCCGUGGCCACUACAACAACGUUUCCUGCGCCGUGUUCCACCCCCGCCAGGAGCUGAUCCUCAGCAACUCCGAGGACAAGAGCAUCCGAGUGUGGGACAUGUCCAAGAGGACCGGAGUCCAAACGUUCCGGCGCGACCACGACCGGUUCUGGGUGCUGGCGGCGCAUCCCAACCUCAACCUGUUUGCUGCUGGUGAGUGCUGGGCUGGGAGCCACGGAAUUCCAGCUGGGAGAGACCAAAAUUCCCUGGGAGAGACCAAAAUUCCCUGGGAGAGACCAAAAUUCCAGUGGGAACCACGGAAUUCCAGCUGGGAGAGACCAAAAUUCCAUUGGGAACUCAACAAUUCCAGCUGGGAUACCCCAAAUUCCCUGGGAGAGACCAAAAUCCCAGAUGGGAGAGCCCAAAAUUCCCUGGGAGAGACCAAAAUUCCAGAUGGGAGAGACCAAAAUUCCAGCUGGGAGAGACCAAAAUUCCCUGGGAGAGACCAAAAUUCCAGUGGGAACCAUGAAAUCCCAGAUGGGAGAGCCCAAAAUUCCCUGGGAGAGACCAAAAUUCCAGAUGGGAGAGACCAAAUUCCGGCUGGGAUACCCCAAAAUUCCAUUG